AAUUGCUUAGAUUUGGGGAAACGGAUAACGUGCAUACAAGAAUAUUUCGCCAAUCGGAUCGUAUUAGGAAGAAGACCUAAAGGAUCCAGGCGGAAAUAUUUCGAUGGAGGUUCAGUCGGAUACUUUCGGAAAAUGCUGUCGGUACAGUUUCGGAGAGGAGGAUUACAUUGGUCGCGGUACUUUUGGUAUUGUGUACAGAGCAAGGAUAACCGAUCCCGGUGACUUUACCGGAAAUCACACCGUGGCUGUCAAAAUGAUCCACCUACACAAAGAAUCCGCAGUUUUGUCCUCCAAAGAUAAUUGGGACAGAUGGCGCAACCGGAUGCAGUUCCUUCUGACGUUUCAGCAGGAGCAUCUCGUGCGUUACCAUCAAGUGAGUAUCGCACGAUCAUCGGCGUUCGGCGGAGUGUCUGUCAAGCUGAUGAUGGAUUAUUACGCUGAUGGAGACCUUGCCAAUCUGCUAAAAACCAAAAGCUUCCGGAUCUAUCAACGGCCAUUCUUAACGCCAUUGAAAUAGCGCAAGGAGUCAGUUAUCUCCACGUGAAUAACAUCAUUCACGGCGACAUCAAACCAGGAAAUGUGCUGGUCCACCGAGUCGGUAAUCACAACAGACUGGUACUCGGGGAUUUGGAUGAUCUAGUUCAGAUGCAGCAGAGUGUCACCUGCUCGUGUGACAUUCGCAAUAUCCGAGGGACUCUUCGCUAUAUGUCACCGGAACUUUUGAAGAAGCAGGCAGAAUCUGGGAUGUGUUAUACUAGAGAUAGUGAACAACGCUGUAGGAAAUAAUAGCCGAAGAUUACACCGAGCUUCGGGAGUAGUACAGGAUACCGAUACGAUUCCGGAUACACGGUACGCUAAUCUGAUAUUGGAAGGCUACGCGCCAUUGAUAGCACUUUCCGUGCCGGUAGAAAUAGCAAAAUGUAUCUCCUCUUGCUUUGCUGCACCAAAUUCUCGAAUCUCAUCAUCUGAACUCCGGCAAAAAUUAAUGAAUCUGAAAAAAGCGAAUGAACUGCCAGAAAAAGCGAUCGACACCCUCGCUAUAGCAGUGUUGUUGUCUACCGCGAUGGUCGACUGGAAACAAUUUUUGAGCCACUCCAAAAGGAGCCAGUAAUACCAAACUGUGUAGCGUUCGAUGAAAGCAGCAUAUAUGGAACAAAUAUUCUAUACGGUCAAGAAGCAGUGGAUUGUCUGGAAAUCAAUCCAAAAAAUUGCAUCUACAAUCUCCGAUGUAUGAUUGGACGGCGAUUCGACCACGAUAUCGUGACAAAACAAAAAAAUCUUGUGCUCUACAAUGUGGUAAACGAAGACGGGAGUCCAAGGAUCCAGAUAAGUGAAAAUGGAGGAAGUAUAAUUUACUCGGUGGAAGAAACAACUUCCCUCUUCCUGCGCUACUUUAUGCAUCUUGCCGGGGAUAAACAAACUUUGCACGAUCGCCAAAUGAAAAGCGCUGUGAUAACUGUUCCAGCGUAUUUUAAUAUCGCGCAACGUCGGGCCAGCGGCGACCAUGGCGGGAAUAGAAAAGGUGCGGCUGUUAGAUGAGCCAAUCGCAGCCGUUAUACCGUAUAUAAGGAGUUUCUCUCGCGGGAAACGAUUUGUCUUAGUACUAGAUUUUGAUAGCCAACAACUAGCGGUCUCUAUCGUGAAAGUCGAUAUAUCUGGCGCGCAACUUACACGUAUCGGAUUACAUUCAUCGCUGUUCACGAGCUUUUUAGGAGAAAAAUGUAUCGACGAGCGGAUUUUCGAGCAUUUAUUUGGAAUAAUCCAGGAUGUCUACAGCGUCAAGUUAACUGGAAACAGAACGGCGGAACGAUGCUUGGCAUCCGCAUGCAAGCAGAUAAACGGAGACGAUCGCCACAUCAUCGAAAUUCCUCGUCUGCUUGGUGGAAACGCUUUUUCUAUGAGCGUCUCACAGUCGAUGCUGAAAAGCUUAUGCAUAGAUCUAUUCCAUAAAAUCGUCACACCGAUCGAAAAAGUGCUGGUAAAAGCCAGUUUAACUGCGAGCGAUGUGGUGGAUGUUGUUAUGGUGGGAUGUGGGCGGUUUGUUCCACAAAUCACAGAUGUCCUAACGGAGUUCUUCCCUAUCGUAAAGAUACAUGCAGCUGUUGAUCCAACGAUCGCCAUUGCGGAAGGAGCUGCUCUAUUGGCAUCCAAUCUGUUGGAUAGAACUGGCGAACGCAUUGAAAUAAACCAGCGGCUGCCAUAUACGCUUACAGCACAUGUCAGUGGUAGCGCCCCGAUUCCGGUGAUAAAGAAAUGGAGUCGUUUGCCGGUCGAAAACCAAAUAGUGUUCACAGCGUCAGUCGGUAAUCAGCGCUUUAUUGACAUUGAUGUCUUUGAGGGAGAGAACAGCAUAAAGAACUUCCUGAGCACAUACAAGUUUUUCAAUAUAACACCGUUUACGGAAAGUCUUCCACUUCUGACUGCACACUUUACAAUCGAUGCUGACAAAGUGCUGACAGUCACCGCAGCGGAUGGCGAGGGAGAAGAACGCCCAGUAUUCAGAUCCGACAGCCUGAACUUCCUCGACCGGGGUUGGGAAAUGUUCGACGAGCAGAGAGCGAAGGAAGCUAAAGAUGCUCUAGAAAAAGCCCUGGACAGUGCCCAGCAUUAUGUGGCGUAUGAUGAUCACACGCGCGGUGUACGAUUACAAACGCUUAGUUCGUGGUUUUAUAGAACCCGAGAUUCGGUGCAGCCAGUAAAAAUUAUGACAGAUGGUCUCGUGUGUUGCAAACUAUUUUGGCAUGAUAUUGUUGGAUACAAGAAAUGAAGUCGUCUGCGCCUCCGCAUUUCUUGUUGUCCUCAGCCGGUCUAGAUUAGUGUAUUGAUAAAUUUUUAAAUUUCCGAAGCGAAAUCUUACGCCCUUAACGGGCAGUGUC